GUGAAAUGUCAAAUUUUCAAGAUGGCCGCUUCCGUUUUAUGAAUUUCUUUCCGUGCGGUUCUUAAACAUGACUGGUUUAACGAAUAGGGCCGUUGUUAUUGAUGGUCGUGGCCAUUUGGUCGGCCGUUUGGCUUCAGUCGUUGCCAAAUACCUGUUGCAAGGUGGCAAAGUUGCUAUUGUCCGUUGCGAAGAAUUGAACCUCUCUGGUCAUUUCUACAGAAACAAGAUCAAGUAUUUGGCUUACUUGCGCAAACGUUGCAAUGUCAACCCUGCCCGUGGUCCAUUCCACUUCCGUGCUCCCUCCAGAAUCUUCUACAAAGCUGUUAGAGGUAUGAUCCCACACAAAACUAAGCGCGGUCAAGCUGCUUUGGCUCGUCUCCGCGUCUUCGAUGGUAUUCCAUCGCCCUACGAUAAGCGUCGUCGUGUCUGCGUACCCAUUGCCAUGCGUGUGUUGACUUUGCGCUCUGACCGUAAAUACUGUCAAUUGGGCCGCUUGUCCAGUGAAGUCGGCUGGCACCACCAAGAUGUUGUCAAGAGCUUGGAACGCAAACGCAAGGCCAAAUUGCAGGUCACCUUGAAACACAACAGACUCAUGAAGAAGUUGACCGUCAAGGCUCGCGAAAACAUUGCCAAGCAAGCCGAACCCUUCAACAAAAUCAUCAAGUCCUACGGUUACGAAUGUUAAUUUUCGUAUAGACUACUUUAUAAUAGCAUAGGUGUGAGUUUUUUUUAUGAAAAAAACGUGAAAAAAUGGGACGGCCUGAUAAAAAUGUUUUUAAUAAAAGAAUUAAGUUAAAAAACAAAA